UCUUCUCUAAUAAACCUUCCCACUCCCUCCUAUAAACUACUCCUAAUUUUUGUGUGUCUCUCUAAUUGUCUUUGUACAUAAUACUCGAGCUCAUAAAAAAAACGAAGAAAAGAUGGGAUUUUUGAAAGAGGAGAAAUCACAGAGGAUGAUUAGAGCAAUCAAGACGGUGUUUUUCUUAAUUACGUUGCUAAUCUCCUUUUUGUUCUUCUCUGCUCCUGUUCUUCUUGCUGUUGCGGAUACAAUACUUCCUUCUGCUUUAUUCUCUGCUUCGUCCCCGUUUCUCUCUCCUCAAUCGCUAUCAUCCCACUUUGCUAAUUACGAUUUCAGAUACUCCCUCGUUGAUAUUCCCCUGAUCUCCAUCCUUCGUUCCGUUGUCAUCAUCUGUGUGUAUAGCUGUUGUGAUGGGCCAAAGUUGUCACGCGGGCCCUACUUGUGGGUGGUAACGGUUUGUUCGGUGCUUUCGUUGGUGUUUGUUUCAUUAAAGGCCCCGUUCGUGUUUGGUGGUGCUAGUGGUGGCGACAAGGGAGGAUAUAAUACUAAAGCCACCGAGGUUGCACUAUUCAUUUGUUCUUACGUGUUGGCUGUUGGACACGUAUUUGUUGCUUAUAGGACCAGCUGUCGAGAACGAAAAAAGCUUCUAGUGUAUAGAAUUGACAUCGAAGCUGUUAAUUUUGCUUGUAAGAAGGGGUUUCCAAGAUAUGAAAAGUUGUUACAAGAGGAAAGGAAGAAGUGAUACACGUACAAAUGUAGAGGCAUUAGAGAUAUAAAGGAUCUCCUUACAUUAUUUAAAAGGAUAUUCCGAACCGUACAUAUUACAAUGUAUUACUUUAUGGAAGUUCCAAGAUAACUUUGUAAGAAGUACAUCUCUAACAACAUAGGAAUAACAAAUGCAACAUCCUUAUCGUAAUUUGGGAGGGUUAUGGUUUUGGCUCCCCGGACUCCUGACCGGAGAAGAGGACUUGAACUCAUGUAUGGAGUUCGAGCUGGGGGUUCGACUAUUGAUCAUAUCUCGGCGUGCUCGUUUAUUAUAUCCGCCCCAUGUACAGUUUUUUGCUCUUUUAUGGAGGGGGUUUUAAGGAUCAAAAUGAUGCAUAUAUUUAAGGAGAGAAACUAUUAGUAUGGAUAUUAAAUUAGUAGGCAAGCCGAAGGCUCCUACAAUUUUGUUGGUCCUAUAAAGAGAUGCAACUAGUAGAGUAUCAAGUGAGUGGACUUCUCUAGUCGUUACUGUAUAUACUCUUUUUUUAAUGUAAAAUCAAAUCAUUAAUAGAAA